AUGCAGGUUAUAACACUACAAAAAAAAGGUUCAAUACCGAGAACAUUAUACCGACAACAUGUCCUCGGUAUAGACAUUUCAUAUGCGCGGGACAUUUUCGCGGUUCUGAAUAGGUUUAGUUGCUAUACCGAGGACCUAUACCGAGAACAUGUUCUCGGUAUAGGGUUUAUAAAUAUCACACUCAGCCGCGAAGCCCCUUCUCCUUCCUCUCUGGUUUCUCUGGGUUUUCUCCGAAACCUCCGCCUCCCUCCGCCGAUUAUAGUCGUUUUCCUCCAUAAAAGCUCGGUUUUAAGCCCCAAAAUUGCCAAGGGUGAAGGAAUUUCUGUGUAUUUGUUGAAGGUUGGGUAUUCGGUUUUUGUUGGAUUAUAGGGAUUGCUAGCAAGAUAUUGAAGGCAUUGCGCCUCCAAGUAAACGUGGACGCCAUAAGGGAUUGAACACGCGGGAAAAGAGGGAACAGUUGGGGCGUCCUCUCCCUCUCGAGUGGGAUGUGCGGGGGAGAACAUAUAAAGAGAUCGGAGAGUACAGCUCAAAUUUCUCAAGAGAGCUCGGAUUACUUGUUCGACAGUACACAGAUCCGGACUGUCCUCAAUGGUCAAAAGUACCAAAUGCCUCGAAAGAAAGAAUACUUGCACAUUUGGAAGAUGAUUUGUUUGAUAUUGGGCGUACUAGAUAUGGAGAAGGGCAUAUGCCUGGGAUCUUGAGAGGCAUUGAUACUUCGUGUGCUAAAAAGUAUUCUGACUGGAAGUACGAUAUUAAAGAGCACUUAACGAUUAAUGGGCCACAAAAUCGUUAUGGUGGUUGCACGGAUACGCAGUGGCAAAAAGCAAUUGAUUUUUUCCGUCGCCCAGAAAUUACGAAACGUUCUGUGGUCAACAAGGAAAAUAGAAAGAAAUUGAAAGAGCUUAGCUAUGGAGGUUCUCAGUCAAUCCCAGCCUUACGCUAUAAAAAGCGCAAUUUAGAGACUGGGCAACUUGAGUCCAUCCCGGAUAGCUGGAUGGAUACUCACCAUAAAUCAGGCACAGGGUGGGUGACAGAGACAGCAAAAAAUACUUGGGAGGAAUUGCGUGCAUACCGCGACACACAGCAGACACAGGCAACUGAUACUGAGAGUUCCACACCAGUUUCGAGUGCGCCUGAAGAUGAAGACAUAUCUUUGGUACAAAAUGUCUUCGGAAAACGACGGGGCCACCAGAAAGGAUAUGGACGUAUCCUUAACAUAAGGGACCGAACUCCAUUUGAUUUUCGUCCUUCACAAACUAGAGAUGAAGAGUUGUCUGAGAUGAGAGAGCGUCUUCGACAGUUAGAGGAGCAUGUCCGGACUCAUUGUAUCACCCCGGGAUCUCAAUCUGCCCCACCACCACCACCCGAUGAUCCUGAUGUUGGAGCACCGACUCAGUAGGACUUAUGUAUGAAUUUUAUUACAAUUGACUAUUACAUUAUCAUGUUUAAGACAAGUCUUUAUUUUAAUUCAACGAAUACACUCUUAUGUUUUUUUUUAUAUCUUUAAUAUAAG